AUGGACGGGCAAGAACUGGGAAAACUUCUCGGUGAAUUGAGUUUCGCCUCGCAACUUCCCGACGAGGCCCUUACGAGAAUUGGCGAGAUUGCGGCAUUAGAAUGCUUCCCCGCCGGAUCGGUCCUCUUUCGCGAAGGCGUGGGUAAUCCGAACCUGUAUCUCAUUCGUCACGGCCGUGUCGCAUUAGACAUGACCGUGCCAGGUCGGGGGCCAGUACGUAUUCUGACCCUUGGACCAGGUGAUAUGGCCGCGUGGUCAGCGGUUGUCGGCUCGGGGGAAAUGACCACCUCGGCCACGGCUCUCGAAAACACCGAAGUAGUCGUGUGCGAGGGCAAAAAGCUGCUGGAACUCAGCGAAGCGAAUCACGAAUUUGGAUAUCGGUUAAUGCAUCGGGUCGCAAACCGGCAUCCUCUGUUUCGUCGGGAGAGUCUCGUGGAGACGAAUGACUUUCAGACAGAGAGACUUGAUGCCCGCAUGCUGACGCGUGCGGUGCUCGAUCGGCUAUUGGCACUGCUCAAAGACCAAGGCUACGAGGUGAUCGGUCCCACCAUCGACCAGAACGCCAUCGUGUAUGGCCCAGUCGAGUCAAUCGAAGAUCUACCGCACGGCUGGACCGAUGAACAACAGCCGGGAAGUUAUCGCCUGAAGCGCCGCGACGACGAUGCACUCUUCGGCUAUGUGGUUGGGCCACAUUCCUGGAAGAGUUACCUUUUCCCCCCGCUGGCGACGGUGCUAGUCAGCGAACGGACCGAAACAGGUUGGCAGAUGCGGUCGCCGGAGGAAGAAACGCCGCGAUACGCCUUUCUAGGGGUUCGCGCUUGUGAACUCUCAGCCUUGGCUAUCCAAGACCGUGUGUUCGCCGAGGGUGACCACGCCGACCCCAUCUAUCAGGCUCGUCGCGAAAACGCUUUCAUCAUCGCGGUCAACUGCACUCAAGCGGCUGCCACAUGUUUCUGCACUUCAAUGAACACCGGUCCCCGUUGUCAUGCGGGCUUCGAUCUAGGGCUCACUGAAUUGUCGAAUGGCUUCGUGGUUGAAGCCGGAUCCGACCGCGGCGUAGCCCUACUCGAUCAACUACAGCUCAACGAUGCCACCGAUGAUGAACUGCGAAGAGCCGCCGAGGCACGCGAUGUGGCCGUCUCGCAGAUCACUCGACACCUCGACACAACCGAUGUUCAUGAUCUGCUGCUAAACAACCUGGACCACCCUCGUUGGAAUGCGGUCGCUCAGAGGUGUCUCUCUUGCACGAACUGCACCAUGGUCUGUCCGACCUGCUUCUGCAGUUCUGUCGAAGAAGUGUCUGAACUAUCCGGCGAUCGAGUCGAGCGCCAACGUCAAUGGGAUUCCUGCUUCAACAUCGACUUCAGCUACAUGAAUGGAGGAGGUCGCAGCCCUGCGGAAACUGACAUGACCGAGCAACUCGCAAAAACCUCUGAACACCCAAAUUACUGGGUUCCCCACCCAGUGGUGAUCGAUCAAAUACAGCACGAGAUUCCCGGCGUCACCACCUACGAACUGGCGUUUCUCGAUUCUGCGACCGCCGGCGACUAUCGAUUCGCCCCAGGGCAAUUCAAUAUGCUCUAUGUUCCAGGAGUGGGUGAGGUGCCCAUCUCCCUGAGUGCCGACCCGCGCUCCAGGCGGACAUGGGCCCACACGAUUCGAGCUGCAGGUAACACCACGCGUGCCAUCGAAAAACUGGGGCUAGGAGCAACUCUCGGCAUGCGGGGCCCCUACGGAACUGCAUGGCCAAUGGAGUUGGCCACCGGGAAAGACGUGUUGCUCGUCACCGGAGGCAUCGGUCUAGCACCGCUUAGACCGGUGAUCUACGAGCUGAUUUCCCGCCGCUCAGAUUUCGGCAGAAUCACACUGCUCUACGGGGCAAGGUCUCCAGAUACCAUGCUCUACGUCAAGGAGUUUUCCGAGUGGGCCCGCCACGACAUCGAGAUCCAAACCACGGUUGACCGAUCCUCUCUUGACUGGCAAGGUAAUGUCGGAGUCGUCUCACUUCUGCUGGCCCGCCUGUCUUGGCUCGACAGCGAACAUAGCAUCGCCAUGACCUGCGGCCCUGAAGUAAUGAUGCGUUACACGGUAAUGGCGGCUCGCGAUCAAGGAUUUCGCGACGACCAAAUCUGGGUUUCGCUCGAACGAAAUAUGCAGUGUGCCGUUGGAAUGUGCGGACACUGCCAACUCGGGUCAGAAUUCGUCUGCAAAGACGGGCCAGUAUUUCGACACGACGCGGUUGCCUCCUUCAUGUCGGUGCUGACGCUUCUUGCCGCCGAAGAUGAGUUCUUAGCGAUCACUCGGUCGAUCGACAUCGUGUACUUCCUUGAAGCCUCGAGUCACAUCGAGCCGGGUCCGUAUGACGUCACGCUCGUUGAAGGAUCGAUUACCACGCCCGGGGAUUUAGAACGCAUUCGCAGAAUUCGCGAGCAAACCCGCUAUCUAGUCACGAUCGGUGCCUGUGCUACAUCGGGGGGAAUUCAGGCACUUCGAAACUGGUCGGAUUGCGGUGAGAUGAUGGAGGCCGUCUACGCAUCGCCCGAGUACAUCAAGGUGUUGGAGAAAUCAACUGCCAUCGCCGAACACGUGAAAGUUGAUUUCGAGCUCCGCGGCUGCCCCAUCAACAAACAACAACUGAUCGAUGUGAUCUCGUCUUUGGCCGCGGGACGCGCCCCACGUACCCCUGAACAUAGCGUCUGCCUCGACUGCAAGCGGCGAGGUACCGUGUGUGUGAUGGUGACUCAGAAUUCUGCCUGUCUCGGACCGGUAACACAGUCGGGCUGUGGCGCGAUUUGUCCCGCUUACGAUCGUCCUUGCUAUGGGUGCUUUGGGCCUACCAAACAACCAAAUCUUAUCAGCUUGACGAAUCAAUUCACAAAGGCGGGAGAGACUUCGCAAUCAAUCGUGCACACACUGCUGACGUUCAAUGCGAACUCGCUUGAGUUCCGCACCGAAAGCAACCGAAUUGCGGCCAGGCAUAAGGGCGAGGGUGGGCUGUUCAUUCGGAUGCACGGCAACCGUGUGGACGACAUUCAAUUAACCAUCUACGAGCCCCCCCGACUUUUCGAAUCGCUACUGCGUGGAAGACCGCUGGAAGAAGUGCCCGACAUUACGGCCCGCAUCUGUGGGAUUUGUCCGGUGGCCUAUCAGAUGAGUUCUGCGCAUGCCCUGGAGGCGGCCUUAGGCGUUACAAUUUCGCCCGAGGUUCGGCGACUGCGACGAUUGCUUUACUGUGGUGAGUGGAUCGAAAGCCAUGCCUUACAUAUGUUUCUGCUAAACGCCCCCGACUUCCUUGGGUUCAAGAAUGCCUGGGAGAUGGCGGAAGACUACCCCGAGGAAGUACAAGCUGGGCUGGAGCUGAAGAAACAGGGCAAUCGUUUACUUGAAGUGCUCGGCGGCCGAGCGGUGCACCCCAUUAAUGUUGCCGUUGGUGGGUUCUAUCGAACCCCAUCCCGUGACCAAUUCGCGGAACUCAUCCCAGGAUUCGAGUCUGCUUUGCAGACGGCUGUCAAACUCACCAGGUUUGUUGCCCGACUGGAUUUUCCUCCGCUGCAGCGGAACUAUGAAAUGAUCGCCCUGUCGCUGCCCGACGAAUACCCGAUGAACGAGGGAAGAAUUACUUCGACCGAGGGUUGGACCAUCGAUGUGGAGCAGUUUGCCGAGGAGUUCGAGGAGCGGCAGGUCCCCCAUUCCACCGCACUUCACGCCAUCCGCAAAACAACCGGCUCGUGCUAUUUCGUCGGCCCUCUAGCUCGAGUCAACUUGAAUCGCGACAAGCUCAUGCCUACAGCACGCCGUCUUGCGGACGAAAUUGCCAUCGAUUGGCCUUGCUUGAACCCUUUCCAAAACAUUGUCGCGCGAGGGCUAGAACUGGUUCACGCAUUCGAAGAAGCUCUUACGAUUCUGCGCGAUUACAAGCCAGUACGUUCUCCGCGGGAAACCUACGAAUACCGUGAAGCGAGCGGCUGCGCGGCCACGGAAGCGCCCCGGGGGAUUCUCUAUCAUCACUAUGAGAUUGAUGCCAAAGGUGCGAUUAAGAGUGCGGUAAUCAUUCCACCAACCUCUCAGAAUCAGGCGCAGAUCGAAGAUGAUCUCAAGGAUUAUGUAUCGCAGUUAGAUGGAGAUGACGACGCCAUCGCCCUGGAUUGCGAACGGUUAGUUCGCAGUUACGAUCCCUGCAUCAUCCCCACGGCGACGACCGCUUUGGCUGGAAGUUGCGAGAUCGAGGAACUCGCAGGAAGUGGCAGUCACGACUUUUCGCUGGUCGAUACACUCAAGCUCGCAGAGCGGCUCGGGGAAGUGGAGAAGCUUACGGCCACGGCUGGGGACGUGAUUGUGACUGAGGUUCACGUUCAGAUCGGCCCACUUUCAGGAGUCGAGCCACAGUUGCUGCUGACCGCAUUCGUAAACCUUGCCCCGGACAGUUCCCUGCCGGAAGCGGAGUUGUUCAUUGAGGAAGUCCCACUGAUGGCCGAAUGCUCGGAGUGCGGUAGUGAAUGUGAGAUAGUCAACUUUCGCUUUCAAUGCACGCAAUGCCAUGCGACGCGAAUGCGUGUCACCUCCGGUGAUACCAUGCUACUGGAGAGCAUUGGUGUUCAGUCUCAAUCUAGCGAGGCUGCGGGUUUUCGCGAACAGCGAGCUCAGGAAGGAACCCUCGUCAUCAACUUGCUCUCUUCGCCAGGAGCAGGCAAGACGAGCCUGCUUGAAGCGACAGCCCGUUUUUGGAACGGUCGACAUAAGAUAGCAACGUUGGUGGGCGAUCUGGCCACCGAUCGCGACGCCCAGCGGUUGGCCAAGUGGAUGCCCGCGGUUCAACUCUCCACCGGUGGUGCCUGUCAUUUAGAAUUGCCGCUGGUCGAACGCGGCUUUAAUGCGCUCGGGAACGAUCCGGUCUCAUUCUUGUUUAUCGAAAACGUAGGCAACCUGGUUUGUCCGUCUUCCCACGAUCUUGGCGAACAUCUAAGAGUGGCCGUACUGAGCACCACCGAGGGUGAUGACAAACCGGCCAAGUAUCCGAAGGCCUUCCGCACGAGUCAGGCGAUGGUCAUCAGCAAGAUCGACCUGUUGCCGCACGUUCCGUUUUCGGUCGAUGCUGCCACCACCGAUGCCCGAGCGAUCCAGCCGGAGAUGGCUGUAUUACCAACGUCAACCAUCAGCAACGACGGCAUCGCCGCCUGGUCGGAGAGCAGAUCGUACUUCGCGGGUCAGUCCAAGGCAUUGGACUUCGCCCGGCGGUUGCGCGAUGGGCCCAAGAGUGUGGGAUCAGUGGUUCGGUCCGGUUACGCAUUCACGAAUUGCGCGACAUGCGGUCCACGUUAUUCGAUCCUCAGGGGUAUGCCGUACUCGCGCGGGCAGACUGCGAUGGCAGCUUUCGAGUGCUGUCCGAGCUGUGGUCGAGAAUACGAUUCAAUCUCCGAUCGCCGUUUUCAUGCAGAAACAAUCUGCUGUCCGGAGUGUGGCCCCCAAUUGUGGUGCACCGAUGGCAACGACCUUCUUGUGGCAAGAAAUGAGGAUGCAAUAGAUCUGGCGGUCAGAGCUCUUGCUGCAGGAAAGAUUAUCGCGAUGCGUGGCAUCGGUGGAUAUCAGUUGUUGGUCGAUGCCACGUCUGAAUCGGCAGUCGAUCGCCUGCGGAGUAGAAAACGCCGGAAAUCGAAACCGUUGGCAAUGAUGGUGCAGUCGCUGGCCGACGGCGAACGCAUCGCGGAACUCAACGACAUGGAACGCACGGCGUUAGUCUCUGCAGCCAACCCGAUAGUCGUGGUUCGCCAACGAACCGACCAGGUGCUCGCGAGAGGAAUCAAUCCCGACAUUGACACCGUGGGAAUAAUGCUGGCCACAACUCCACUGCACUGGUUGCUAUUGGAUGGAUUCAACGGCCCGCUCGUCGCUACUAGCGGUAAUUCCGAGGGCGACCCGAUCGAGCACGAAGUGAGCAAUUCACAACGUAAUCUGGCAGAGAUCGCCGACCUAUGGUUGCAUCACGACCGCGAGAUUGUGCACCCGAUCGACGACAGCGUGGUGCGCGUGCUGGGUAACCGCCCAGUGACGAUACGCCUCGGGCGAGGGUUGGGUCCGCUAUCGAUUGACUUAGAGGCACUACGCCCCGCGGGUGCCGCCGCAGCUCCACCUAUGCUCGCAGUCGGCGGGCAGAUAAAGUCUGCGAUUGCGAUUUCCGGUCGCAACCAAGCCGUGCUCGGCCCGCACAUCGGCGAACUCGAAGGUGCCACCACACGCGAACGUUGGAUCAAUCAUGUGGCCGAGCUUUGCCAGCUUUAUGGAGUCGAACCAGAGUUCCUUGUCUGCGAUCAACACCCGGGCUACUUUACUACCGAUUGGGUCCGACAUCGAAAACUUCCACAUGAAUCGGUGCAACACCAUCACGCUCAUAUUGCUGCAGCAAUGGUCGAGCAUCAGUGGCUCGAUCGUGAAGUUUUAGGCUUCGCAUUCGAUGGAACAGGCUACGGCCCCGAUGGAACGGUCUGGGGCGGUGAAGUGCUAAAAGCAACCGCCGAUGAUUUCAAGCGAGUUGCCCAUCUGCGACCAAUGCGGCUAGCCGGUGGAGAAGCGGCCAUUCGACAACCAUGGCGUGUUGCAGUUGAGCUAGUGCACGAAGCGGGAGGUAUUGAUGAGGCACGCGACCUUACCUUCUCGGGUGUCAACUCUUCGGCGAUUCAGAGCAUUAAGGGCGUUCUACAAAGCGACCGUUUCUCACCCAAAUCAACGAGCAUGGGCAGACUUUUCGACGGAGUCGCCGCGCUGGUGCUCGGCACGAGCCAUGUCGACUUUGAAGCCCAAGCCAACAUUCAGCUCGAAUCGAUAUGCGAUCUCUCGGAACGAGGGGAAUAUGAAUUCUUGCUACAAGAUGGCCCCUGCAUCGAGAUCGAUUGGCGACCUGUCGUGCGUGCGGCUUGCGACGAUCGGCGACGCAACGUGGCAUCCGGCGUGAUUGCCAUGCGUUUCCACAGAGCUGUAGCGAAUAUGGUAGUUGCAGUCGCCGAACGGUUUCCCACCCUGCCCGUUGCCCUGGGCGGUGGCGUCUUUCAAAAUCGCGUGCUGACCGAGUUGAUUGCCGAACAGUGGCCGACUUCGGCUCCUCCACUGGGGCUCCCGGGGGCCAUUCCCCCUGGCGACGGUGGGCUGGCGGUCGGACAGUUGGCCGUGGCCACGGCAAGAUAUUAUCGGCGAGGUGUUCGUCGACGCUGUCAAAUGGCCUGCGUUCCGGAAGCCGCCGAAGGAGACUACGUUAUCGUGCACGCGGGAAUCGCCAUCACUCUACCCCUGGUCGAGAUGAUGAAGUACGUCGACGAGUUCCGCGACCGCGAUGCCGCCCUGAGGCUCGUUGAGCGGAUUCGCUCCCGAUUGACGCGUCGCUGGACGUUAAUGGAAGUGUGCGGAGGCCAGACGCACGGCCUCAUGCGCUAUGGCAUUGCCGACGAGUUGGCGCCGGAGAUUGAGUUGAUCCAUGGCCCUGGCUGCCCCGUUUGCGUCACCCCGCUCAAAGCGAUCGAUCUAGCGCUGCAGUUGUCGCACCAGGAAAACGUGACUGUAACCAGCUUCGGUGACAUGCUGCGAGUACCCGGUAGUCACGAGAGUUUGCUAUCGGCGCGUUCCGCGGGCGCCAAAGUUCGAGCCGUCUAUUCACCUUCGGAUGCCGUGGAGUUGGCUAGAGCUAACCCCCAGCAACACGUUGUCUUUUUCGCGGUGGGUUUCGAAACAACGGCCCCUGCUACUGCGGUUGCUGCCUUGCAAGCUCGAAAGUUGGGGCUUACGAACUUCAGCUUGCUGGUCUCUCAUGUUCGCGUGCAGCCUGCCAUGGAAUCCAUCGUCGAGUCCGGCAACACCCGGGUACAAGCCUUUUUGGCAGCAGGCCAUGUUUGCGCUGUAAUGGGUUAUGAAAGCUAUGCCGACUUCGUUGAGAAGUAUCGGCUCCCUAUCGUUGUGACAGGCUUCGAGCCGGUCGAUCUGCUGGAAGGGAUUCUCGAAGCGGUUGACCAACUAGAAGCGGGACAGGCCGAGGUGGCCAACUGCUAUUCGCGGAGCGUUCGCAGCGAGGGAAAUACUCAAGCCCAAACACUCGUGCAAGAGGUGUACGAAGUGUGUGAACGUGAUUGGCGAGGGUUUGGCACCAUUGCCAAGGGUGGUCUUCGCCUGAAGCCGGAUUGGCGUGAGUUCGAUGCCGAAUACCGUUUUCCGCUCUCGCUCGACGCGAUAAACGAGCCCUGCGAAUGCCGUAGCGGCGAUGUCCUGGCCGGUAAGAUCAGACCGCCUGAAUGCAGUAACGUAAUGCCUGCACCACCAGGGAGCGGCGCCUGCCCGCUGCCACUGCCGCCCAAUGAUGAUUGCAUCCGGUUAGAGCACGGCGAGGGCGGUCGCGCCACACGGCAGUUCAUCGAGCAACACAUACUCGCCCGAUUCGAUAAUCUCUGGCUCAAUUCGCUCGGAGACGCUGCCCAACUCGAACUGAGCGGCGAUUCGAUUGCAUUGACCACCGAUAGCUUUGUCGUUUCUCCGUUGUUCUUUCCUGGAGGUGACAUCGGAUCGUUGGCCGUGCAUGGAACGCUUAACGAUUUGGCAGUUAGCGGUGCGCGACCGCGGUGGCUGACCCUGUCGCUGGUAAUCGAAGAGGGCUUUCCGAUUCGUGACUUGGAACGCGUUCUUCAAAGUGCCGCCACCGCCGCCGAAAGUGCCGGCGUGGCGAUCGUCGCCGGUGACACGAAAGUUGUACCCAAAGGUGCCGCGGAUGGUCUGUUCAUCACCACCGCCGGGGUCGGUCAGUUUGUGAAGAAGCCCUUCGGUGGUCCUUCAGCUUUGAUGCCGGGAGACGAACUCAUUGUAAGCGGCCCGAUCGGCCGGCAUGGUAUCGCCGUAUUGGUCGCCCGGGAAGAAAUGCAGUUUGACCCACCACCGAUGAGCGACUCGGCCUCGCUAGUUCCGGUUGUCGAAGCUCUCAGAACAAUGUCGAUUCCGGUACGUGCCCUCCGCGAUGCAACACGUGGUGGUGUUGCCGCGGUGCUACACGAAUGGACCGAUUCCUGCGGUCACGGCAUUCGCAUCGAAGAACCCAAUAUCCCCGUCACCGAAGACGUGCGUGGCGUUUGCGAACUGCUCGGCAUCGAUCCGCUGCACAUGGCCUGCGAGGGGACACUUGUAGCAGCCGUGGAGAAAGGUUCUGCAGAGGCGGCCAUCGAAGCGAUGCGAACAGUAGACGCUGGCAGAAACGCUGCAAAGAUUGGCCUUGUGGUUCCCAGGGCCAUUAAUCCGGUCGUCGUUCGCCGCUCCUUUGGACCGGAUCGACCCCUGGAUGACCCACUGGGAUCUCCCAUACCCCGGAUUUGUUAA